AUCUUCCUUUCUUUCAUAGUUUCCUUUCCCUUCCUUUCUUUUCCUCCUUCCUUCUCCCCCUCUCAACGACCCUCUUUCCUUCCUCUCCUUCCUUUCUCCCUUCCUUCCUUCCUUCCUUCCGGCCAGGCAGCCCCGCGCUCGGCUCCCCCGAUCCGGCAGAGGCAGGGCGCUCCUUUCCCGGCUCCGCGAUGCUGCUCCUGCCGGCCCGUGGCGCGUGGGCCUCCCCGGGGGCGCGCGCGGGCCUCUCCCUCCUGCGCGGGCUUUUGCGAGGGGCUCCGCCGUUUGCGAGGCGCUUCUGCAGCCCGGCCGGCCGGCCCGCGCAGGAGCCCUUCCCGCUGGACGGCUUCGUGAGCCGGGACGUGGUGCUCUUCCAGCACGAGCGGCCGCGCUUCUUCCGCACCGUGGGGCUCUUUUGCUUCGGCCAGUUCGCCUUCUGGCUCUACCUGGCCGACCUCGCCUUCACGACCCUGCGGGAAGCGCCGGCCGGGCCGGAGGAGACGGGCUCCGCCACCCCCCAGCGACGCCCGGCCCGGCCCUGGCUGGGCAACCUCUUCAACCUGACCUCGGGGAACUUCGGCUCCGCUAAGUGGCGCUACGGCUUCUCCGGCUCCUGCGUGGCCGUCGGUACGCUGAUCCUGGUGGCAGGCUUCUUCUUCGCACGACGGUCGGUUAGCCGGGUCCUCUUGCUCCGCGGCAGUCAGGAGGUGACUUUUACGACCUAUUACCUCUUCGGCUACACUUCAUCCUUCACGGUGCCCCUUCGCCACGUCUGCUGCCGGAACCACCGUUCGGAGGUGGCCGCCAUCAUCCCGGUCAAGAUCAAAGGGAAACCUUUUUAUUUCUUGCUGGACAAGCAGGGAUCGAUCGCCAGCAAUCCACUUUUUGACAUCACCGUGGGGGCCUAUCGCGAAUGGUGAGGUCCGUGUCCAGGGGCUACGACGUGCCCGGAGGCUGCUGGAAGAAGCGAGAGAAGGGAAAAAACGCAGACAUUAAAAUCCAGAAUUGACAGCUCCUUCCCUGUAGGAACUUUUGAAUUCCAUCCUCGCCCUUCUCCUCGUCUUCAAAUUAAGAAAAAGAAAGACCCUAAACACAGGAAGCCGGAGCAGCUAAGAAGACAAAAACGACGCUCUUUUACUCGAAUUGUACUUGAUCCUGGGUGUUGAAAAUACAGGAAGCCUGUGGUUUCAAA